ACGAUCUCUCUCUAGAGAUCAUGCCGACAUGGUCGUGGCCCGUGGGUAGCCUUAGCUUCAGCGUGACGGUAGCCUUUCGAUUUCCAUGACACCCGCUUGAUCCAAGAAUACGGCGACGACCCGUUGGAUUUUGCAACUCUAGUCAAAAAAAGAUUCGGGACUGCCGUCCGUGCAGUGGCGUAUUCUCCAUGGAUUUUGCCUUUUAUGGUCGGCCCGUUGCUCCCGUGAUCAUUCGCACUCCUUUUGCCUUACUUCCCCACCAGCCCGGAGCGGGACUAGGGUGAGAUCGAAGCUCGCGUUUUCGAGAGAGAAAUGGCGAAGGCGAUUCGUUUCUUCGAGCUCAACACCGGGGCCAAGAUCCCCUCCGUCGGGCUGGGCACUUGGCAGACCGGUGACGGCGUCGACGCCGUCACCACCGCCAUCAAGGUUGGGUACAGGCAUAUUGAUUGUGCUCAAGCUUAUCAAAAUGAGAAGGAGAUUGGUACUGCUCUCCAGAAAUUAUUCAGCGAGGGUGUGGUGAAGCGCGAGGAUUUGUGGAUCACAUCCAAGCUAUGGUGUGCUGAUCACGCACCAGAAGAUGUUCCCAAGGCAUUAGAAAGAACCCUGGAGAACUUGCAGCUCGAGUAUCUGGAUCUUUACCUGAUCCACUGGCCGGUGAGCAUGAGGAAGGGCUCAGUUGGCUUCAAGCCUGAAAACCUUACCCAGCCGGACAUACCCAGUACGUGGAAAGCGAUGGAGGCACUAUACCGUUCUGGCAAGGCUCGAGCCAUUGGAGUGAGCAACUUCUCCUCCAAGAAGCUCGGUGAUUUGCUGGACAUCGCAGAAGUUCCUCCUGCUGUCAACCAAGUGGAAUGCCACCCUUAUUGGCAGCAAGGGAAGCUGCGCGAGUUUUGCAAAUCCAGGGGUGUGCAUUUAUCGGGCUAUUCACCCUUGGGAUCCCCGGGCACGGGAUCUAUCAAGAGUGAUAUCCUUAAGAAUCCAGUUAUCACUACCAUAGCAGAGAAACUGGGCAAGACUCCGGCUCAGGUGACACUUCGUUGGGGACUCCAAAUGGGCCACAGUGUGCUUCCCAAAAGCACAAACGAAGCACGAAUCAAGGAAAACUUUGACAUCUUCGACUGGUCCAUACCCGAUGACUUGUUCUGCAAGUUUUCCGAAAUACCUCAGGACAAACUAAUCAAGGGCACUGGCUUUGUGCAUGAGACUCUGGGCGCAUACAAGACGGUCCAAGAACUUUGGGAUGGUGAGGUUUGAAUAGACUUGAAGCAAGCAUGUGAAGCAUGAGAGCCGUGGUUUUUGUCAACCAGCUUAGCUUCUAUUUACUUUCGUAUUAGCUACUAUGCCUACAAAUUCUGCUGAAAUUAAGUCCAAACAUCUUAUUAGGUUUUUAGCUCAUUGAUCGGCAGAACUGUGAUUGUUGAUGCUGGAAAGGCAUGAUUGUUUGCGUAUUCAUGACCUACUCUUAUGAAUGGUCCAUGUUCAUUGUUCCGUUUC